AUGACCACAGAGCCUUGGGAGGAUUACUACGACAAUUAUUAUGCUGACAAUGAGACAGAGUCUUGCGAUCUUAAGGAGUUGCACCAUGCCCAUUGGAUUCUUCCUACCCUCUACUCUGUCUUUUUUGUGGUUGGACUCAUCGGCAACGUGAUGGUGAUCAUUGUGGUGUCCAGGCGCACCUCACGCCGAGCAGACGUCUUUAUUCUGAAUCUUGCCGUAUCUGACCUGGCCUUUGUCCUCACCCUGCCUUUCUGGGCAUCCUCCCAGGCACAAGGAGGAAACUGGCCCUUUGGAACUUUCCUUUGCCAAGCCAGUGGAUUUACCAUCGCGGUCACCCGUUGUGCCAGUUCUCAUCUCAUGGCCAUCAUGAGCGUUGACCGUUAUGUUGCGGUGAUAAGAGGAACAAAGGUGCACCCAUUGCGGACACGUAGAUGCUCUAUCGGGGCUUGCUGUGUGAUCUGGACUGUGUCGGUCCUUGUUGGCUGCCCGUCACUGUUGACCAGGGAGAUUAAUGCCAAGACCUCAGCUUGCGUGGACUCUGCCAACACGUCCUUAAGUUUAGGCUUCAGGAUUGGAGUUGUUUUCCUGACAUUUGUGUUUCCAUUUGCCGUGGUGGUGUUCUGCUACUGCCGCAUGGCCAAGUACCUGUGGAACCAUUUUGGCAGGCAGGUAAAUAAGGGGAGGCCACGGAGUCGGCACAGCUGGUUGCGCAUUGUGACUUGCGUCGUUGGAACUUACUGCUUCUCCUGGCUUCCUUUCAACACCCUGAACACUUUGUGGCUGAUGGGCAAGCUUGGCGCUGACCUACCCUGUUCAGCUUGGGUGGCUAUCCAUCAAGCACUGAGUCCUGCAGCUGCCCUUGCCUUUGCCAACAGCUGCACCAACCCCCUCAUCUACGCCCUCCUGGAUGUUGGCUUCAGACGUCGGGCACAACUGGCCUUGCCAAGGCUGUACCUUACUUGCCGCUCGUUAUUGUCCACUACCAGUUCAACCAUGCCAACCACAAUCACCAGCGUGGAGAGUACCAGCACCUACACAGGAAAUAGGUGA